AUUAAAGUUGACACCACAACACUUCAGGACAGCAGCCCAAAUAACUAUAAUUAUUCGUGAGAUCAAAUAAAGUAAUUCUUGUUUAAAUGUAACUAUCUCUGGCAGGCGGUUCGGUGUGUAGCUACAGUUUUAAGGUAACAUUGAAAGAAACUAUGGCAGGCAGGAACGUUGUGUACGAGACUGUGGCUAAAGAUGAGAAGCAUGAAGAGCUUCAGAAACCACCGGAGCGUCCGAAAGGGUUAGGGAUACGGCACCUACAGACGGUAAUACUGUUCAUAUGCCUAACCAUUGCGUACACAAUCAGGUCACAACUCAGCGUCCUCAUGGUAGCUAUGGUCAGGGUACAGGAUCCGCUGUGCACGCUCCCUGAUGGAACUCGGAAUAUUUCCGAAGGUUGUGUCGAUCCCAACGCAAACAUCAGCAGGUGGAACAUUUAUCGCACGUAUGAUUGGCACAAGUCGACCCAGGAGAUGAUAACGUUUUCCUUCUUCGUGGGGUACACGAGUAUGAUGAUCCCCAUGGGACUAUUUGCCCAAAAAUUUGGAGGAAAACUGCCCAUUAUGAUAGCUUUGGCUGUAAACGGGGUCAUUUCUAUUUGCACACCUUGGAUAGCUUUACUGGGAGGUUGGAUUGCCAUGUCAAUAAGUAGACUAGCUCUGGGUAUGACACAGGCAGCCAUGUAUCCUAGUAUUCAUACUUUGCUGGCUAAAUGGGCUCCGCUUCGAGAAAGAGGAAGACUUAGUACUUAUAUUUAUACAGGUUCUCAAGCUGGCACAAUCAUUGCCUUCCAACUAUCAGGCCUCUUUGCUGGUAGUCCAAUAUUCGGGUGGCCGGUGUCUUUCUGGUUGUUCGGAAGUCUGAGCCUCAUGAGCUGUGCUCUCCUCGGCUGGCUGGUAGUCGCCACUCCUCACCAGCACCCAACCAUCACAUCUGAGGAGCUUGCCUAUAUCAUGGAAGAUGGAGCGGUCGAUAUCGUGCCGAAGAAACGCAAGACUCCAUGGAAGCACAUCCUCACAUCAAAGCCGGUGUGGGGCCUGAUAGUGUCCCACGCUGGCAGCGCAGCCAGCUACUUGCUCAUCCUCACCGAGAUCCCGAUCUACAUGAACCACAUCUUACACGUCGAUCUCAAAAGGAAUGGUUUGUACUCAUCACUGCCCUACAUUGCCUUGUACCUGGUAGCAUUACUGUUCGGGUAUGCAGCCGACUUCGCGGCCAACAGGAAAAUUAUGUCUGUCGUCAACAUCAGGAGGACAGCUAACACCAUCGCUAUGGCUGGUUCGGGAGUAUUUUUGUUCGCGUUCAGCUUUGUAAACGAUACGACAUGGGCUGUGCUGGUACUCAUCAUAGCACACGGCCUACACGCUGGGAUCCAUGUUGGUUUCCACAUAAACCAAAUAGACUUGGCUCCGAACUUCGCCGGGCCGGUUAUGGCGGUGGGCAACAUGAUCGCCAACCUGACCAGCCUGCUCGUGCCGGUGAUCGUGUCCAACAUCGUGAAGGACGACGUGACGAACCACCGCAAGUGGCAGUACGUGUUCAUGAUCUUCGUGGCCAUCAUGAUCAUCUCCAACGCUAUAUUCGUCUGGUUUGCCAAGGGCACGGUACAACCAUGGAACUUUUAUGGGGAAGACGAAAAUGAAAAUGGAAAGGAGCUCAACAGUUUAGAAGAUAAAACUACAACAAACGGGAAGGACAACCAGAGAGCAGUGACAAGAGAUUGACAGUGAUACUAGAAGUAAUAGUCGUGUAAAUACAUUGUUUUAAACUUA